AUGGUUGGCGAAGGUACGAUUGGUAUCUUUGUGAAUGCAAGCGGGGAUGCUAUACGAGGUACAUUACAAUGGUCUGAUUAUCCACAACAUAUUUCAGUCGACUAUCCCUAUACAACAGCGCUCUUGGGGAAUAAUACGAUUGAAAUACAUAACAUUAUAGAUCAAAAAUUGGUACAAACUAUUUGCUUGGAUAAAACUCUAAAGGGGAUUGCACCAUGUCACGGUAUUAAAGUAUGGAUAUCAGAUUUAUCUGAAAGAUUAAAAUUACAUCCAGGAUCUAAACAUGAAGGAGAGAGUUACAUAUCAACAGGAUCAGCACAUACACUUAUGUUUAGUAAAGAUGGAGUUUGGGCCCAAAUAGCAACACCAUUAGCUAUUCAAGUAGAUGCAUUGUUAAAAGAAAAUCUGGUGGAGGAAGCAAUUCAUUUAGCUGAUGAACGUGCUCAUAGUAAACAUAUUACGGAGCGUACAAGAACUGAGAUUAAUUAUGUCUAUCAAAAAUGCGGGCUUAUGUUGUUAAAAGAAACGCUUUUUGAAGAUGCCUUUAUGUUGAUGUCCAAGGGUAAGAUAGAUCCUCGAGCUGUAGUUCAGAUGUUUGAGGGACUUGCACAGCCCAGAUGGAUCAAUGAGUCACCGCCGAUGUCAGUCUUUGAGGGUGUCUGGCAGUUUAUUCAAGAACUAGGGACAAUCAAGGAGGUU